CUUCUCGGUAUAAGCUUGGGCCUUAAAAGGAUCCAUCGAUUAGGAAGAUCGUGGAUAGAGAUACAACCCCGGAAGUGGGGGACUCAUGGCGACGUUAAGCCCGCAAAUAUCCUCUGGUACCCUGGCCCUGAUGGCGGCGAUCUCGGGCGACUCGCCAUCUGUGACUUUGGAUUCACGAGGUUUCACGAGGAGGAAUCCCGAUCCGCAGCUCAGGCGUGCGGCAUGACUGUCACGUAUCGUGCACCCGAGGCCGGCACUGGACCAUCAUGUCGAGCCUCGGAUAUGUGGAGCUUGGGAUGCGUGAUCCUAGAGUUCUUGACGUGGUACCUGCUCGGCCCCGAGCAAGUCGAAAGCUUCACCACCCUGCGGGUUGAGGAAGAC